CGCGCAUGCCCAGAACUGCGUCACGUGCCCGCGCGCUCCAGCCGGCGCGAGCUCUGCUGCGUCCGCCGCGGCCCGAACUGCGCCGCGCGCCGCUAUGGAGCGCAUCGAGGGGGCGGCCGUGGGCCGCUGCACCGCCUCGCCCUACCUGCAACCUUUCACGCUGCACUACCGCCAGAAUGGUGCCCAGAAGUCGUGGGACUUCGUGAAAACACACGACAGUGUGACCAUCCUGCUCUUCAACUCUUCGCGGAGGAGCCUGGUGCUGGUGAAGCAGUUCCGGCCAGCUGUGUAUGCGGGCGAGGUGGAACGCCGCUUCCCAGGGUCCCUGGCGGCCGUGGACCAGGACGGGCCCCGGGCGCUGCCAGAGGCUCUGCCCGGCUCGGCAGGGGUGACGUUCGAGCUGUGUGCCGGCCUCGUGGACCAGCCCGGGCUGUCGCUGGAGGAAACGGCCUGCAAGGAGGCCUGGGAGGAGUGCGGCUACCGCCUGGCGCCGGCCGACUUGCGCCGCGUGGCCACCUACAAGGUCUCGGCUGCUGGGUCCACUGUCUGCCCUGGGGCUCCAGGGGCCCUUCCCAGCUCCUGGGGCUGCAGCUGCGGCUGUGGCUCUGUCCUGGCUGGCUGUCGGCCGGGACAUGGUCAGCUCCUCGAGGCUGUGCAGUGCCUGCCGUGCGGCCCCUCACAGCGUGCAGCUCGCUGCACCUUCCAAGCUGACGGGUCUGGCGUGGGACUGACCGGCUCCAGCCAGACCAUGUUCUAUGCAGAGGUGACCGACGCCCAGCGGGGCGGCCCCGGCGGGGGCCUGGCUGAGGAGGGCGAGCUCAUCGAGGUUGUGCACCUGCCCCUGGCGGGCGCCCAGGCCUUCUCAGACAACCCGGACAUCCCCAAGACCCUCGGCGUCAUCUUUGGUAUCUCUUGGUUCUUCAGCUGUGUGGCCCCCGGCCUGGACCCCCAGUGACACUCCGGAGGGCUGGACGAGGCUGGUCCCAGCCACCCACCCCUGCAGACUCAAUAAAGGCUUGUACGGCUCCA